AUGGCUUCUACGCGGGUCAUAACUCGACAAUCUGCUCUCCACCCACUCCAUCAUUCCACUCCUCCUCGCCCACGAUCCUUCACCCAUAGACCCUCGCUCCUUUUUGUUGCUCGACCUAUCCCGCGGCCUCAGCUCCCAUUCCUCAAUACUGUCUCUCGAGCCAACAUCAUACAAACACAAGUCGGGCGAUUUAUCUCGACGGAGCGCAAGCAAAGAUGGAAAGACAACUUCUGGCGCCAGGUUCGCUUCCACAGCUACCUGUGGCCCUCCAUCUUCCUCAUUGUGGUUGUCAUGAACGGGCUCAAGCAUGUCAAACUUGAAUCGGAGUAUCCGACCCCACCAGACUGGAGCUUCUGGUCUCGCUGGGAAUACCGCAUGGCCAGAUACACUGAGCUCGAUGACGAGGCAAAGAUUCACCGUGUUCUGACGGAUUGGGGAAAGGUCGGUGUCUACUAUACGCAGCUAUUAGAGAGGUUGGAGAGUGAGAAGUACGACGGGAAGCAUUUGGUUCGUGCUACCGCUUCUUCGGCUUCUGAUGAGGGCGAUGGCCUGGAUAUCAGUGCGAAAAGUGAGCAAUGGCAGCGAGGAUACAUUAAUGUUUUGAUGGCUGCAGCUCGAGCUGCAGAACAUUUACAGGGCAUGUGUAGGAGGAAAGACGAUCCGAAGGGCAAAAUCUACCCUCGCGAAUGUAUACCUGGACCGGAUAAUCCACGUCCUAAACCCUUACCGUGGGACAGGAAUAAAGCUCAUAUCAAUCCACCCACCGCUGACGAGGUUGAAGAUGCUUUCCCAUCGCCCCAGUUCUUCUAUGAGAAGCUUCUAACCACCGAGAGUCUGUCGACACGGCAAAGGCUUGAUGCCGCCUUGGCUUAUGCCGACUGGAUCGAGUUUACGGGCGAAGUGGAAGUCUCAGAUAAGUGGUAUCAACGAGGUGUCAUGAUCGCCUCUCGGGCACUACCAGCAAAUAUCAGGGGAUCCGUGGUAGAUCUGAACUCGGGCGUUAUCAACAAAGCCCACGAUCACGAUGUCACCGAUAAUGUUCUGCGAGCAUCCACCGCACUCGCAGUGCACCAUGCGAGAACUGGGCGUGUGAAAGAAGCGCUCCCAAUCUUCCUCAGUGUCCUCCGAGCGAGAAAGUCGUUACCACCUUCGCCUUUCGGAGCAACAGGCGAGAAGCAAAGACCGAAACGGGACGAUUCUCCGGUGAUGGUAUAUGUCUCCGCCCUGAAAGACGUACUGGUCGAGCGACCCUACCCACCGGCACCACCAACGGGAGACGAGCGACCCUACCACACGCUGAAAGAAGCCUGCGAAGAAGUCGCACUGAUGACGUACAUUGGCGAAAUCCUAUUUGCGACAAGUGAGAGCGAACGCGAAAAAGGACUCGGCUGGACUAGAGAUAGUGUUGACGCCGCCGAAGCCGUCAUGUGGGUGAUGGAUGAGCAGGCUGUGAACGACGGACGGGAAACUUGUCGUCAAUGUCUUGAGACGGGUCUGCAGAACUGGAAGGCCAUGGCACGCGAGAUGGCGCGGUAUGCUGUCAAGAAAGUGGAUGAGGUUCAGAAUGGUUCGGGUUUGUUGAGUCUGGGAAUCGGGAAGUCCUCAGGGUUGGAAAAGGCGCGGCGUGAGGCAAAGAGGUGGGAGGAUGAAGGCGAAGUCAUCGAGUUGCGGAUCCAGAAGACUCUGCCGCUGGCGCAGGCGUCAAAACCUGAUUGGAAAUUAAACCAGUCUUGA